UUCUCACGAAUGCCCCGGUCAAUAUUGACGCGCAGAGAAUUGUUUCACAAUUGAGACAACAGCAACAUGUGUGACUUCUCUCAGUAUGGUGGUGCAAGCCAGGAGCUCCUGGAUCUUCUGGGAACGCUACCGGCACCCGCAGCUGACACCGGAAUCGAAGAGCUCAAGAGAGCUACGAACCAAGGCCGAGAAGACACGUCAGAGAAGGAAAUGGCUACUCUAGGGAAGAAAGUCGUGCUUCAGGAUCACGUCGUGCCUGCACGAGACGGGCAGGCUCUUGCAGCUCGCAGCUAUCGACCCAAGAGCAUCCCACUAGACGUCACAUUGCCGAUUUACAUUCACUUUCACGGCGGCGGGUUUAUAUUCGGUACACUGGACUCAGAAGACGCGACAUGCUCUCGCAUAGCACUCGCCUCAGAUGUGGUCGUCUUCAAUAUCAACUAUCGGCACACUCCCGAAUGGCGAUAUCCUACUGCAUGGCAUGAUACCGAAGAUGCCUUCGAGUGGGUCAUUGCAAAUGCAAACAGCUUCUCCGGGGAUCCCAGGAGUAUUGUCGUCGGAGGCAUAUCAGCGGGAGGACAACUCGCCGCCGCUCUCACUUUGACCAAGAAGCGAGAGAAGGCUCCAUCUUACGACAGCAUCAAAGGCCAAGUCUUAAUGAUCCCAGCACUCGCAAACAUUGACUCCUACGACCAUCAACUUAAACAACUACAAGACCCCAGCGUCUCAUCCUACAAAGAGAAUGAAUUCGCCCCCAUUCUGCCUCUCAGCCGAAUUAAUCUCAUGAACGGCCUCUUAUUCUCUGAGAAGCCCAGUAUCGAGGAUCGAAGAGUCAAUGUUGGCGCAGCUUCACCCGAAGAAGUUGAAGGUCUUCCUCCUACCACGUUUGGUAUCGCAGGAUUAGAUCCUCUGCGUGACGAAGCGUUGUUGUAUGCGAAGUUCUUGGCAGAGAAUGGCGUGGCAACGGAUGUACACUUAUUCAAAGGUGUGCCGCAUGGCUUCCGAAGGUUUGGAGAAAAACUUUCAUUGAGUGCGGAUUGGGAUAAGGUGAUGCAUGAUGGAAUCAGGUGGGCGUUGAGUCAUCCGCCGGCGAAUGUGGAGAUGGUGGUGAAUGUUCAUGAGGGAAGGAAAUAAAAGCCUUCAUCAG